AAAAAAAUUAUUUAAAUAAAAAAAAAAAAUUAUUAAAAAUUGUGGCAUGUUAACGAAUAUGGAGAAUAGUGGUCAUAGUGUUGGUGGCGGUGGUGCAUUAGUGAGCCUUAGUAAGGCGGCGCUCACAACACCUUUCUCCAUAAAUGAUAUUUUAACGCGCAACAACAAUAGCUUAAACGCAGCACAACAACAACAGCUGCGACGGCGACUCUCCGACACGGAAAUGUCGUUUAACGCAGAAGCAGCAGCCGUCGCCGACUUUCGUCAAAAUCAGGUGCGCGAAUUGAAAGACGGCUUGAAAACGUCCGCAUCGUGUUGCCACAUCGGCGCGGGUGAAUUCACUAGCAGCAAAUUAAGUGCUGCUUUAGAGAACAGCGCCUCACGUAACUCCUCCAAUAAUCCGAGUCCAACUUGUGAAAUUCGCACAGCGGUGGCAAAAUACUCGGCACCAACAACGGCGGCACGCGGAGCAGGCGGCGCACAAGGCUGCAGUAGUGAAACUAACGAUUUCAUGCCUUACUACAUGGCCACCUUGGAGAAUAACAAUCACAACGAUUACCAGCUAGCGCGAAAGUUCGGUUAUAUCGGCGCGGGUGGUUUGGUUGGCGGACGCGAUUGUCCCAUUGACAUGCGACGUUGCAGUAAUAAUGAAUCAGACUCCGAGUCUUCGCCGCCACCGCCAAUGUUGUCGCUUUAUGGUGGCGCCUCUGCGCAUUCCGCCAACAAUAGCUGCAUGGGCAGCACUUCGCCUACUAUGCACGACACAGAUGCGCUCAGCGGUUCGUUGAGCCGCAAGAAGCGUUCGCGCGCCGCUUUUAGUCACGCGCAAGUUUUUGAGUUGGAGCGUCGUUUCGCACAGCAGCGUUACCUCAGCGGCCCGGAACGCGCCGAAAUGGCCAAGAAUCUGCGUUUAACCGAGACGCAAGUGAAGAUUUGGUUCCAGAAUCGCCGUUACAAAACGAAGCGUAAGCAAAUUCAACAGCAUGAAGCUGCGCUGAUGAGCGCCGCCACGAAGCGUGUGCCGGUGCAGGUGUUGGUGCGCGAGGACGGCAGUGGUGCGGCGGCGGCAGCAGCGGCUGCUGCUUAUGCACACAUGCUGCCGACGCAUGGCAUUGAUCCGGCGCUGCUGCAUAUUUAUCGCCAUCAGCUGCAAAUGGCUUACGGCGUUGGUGUCUCAUUGCCUCAAGUAUCGUUUCCCUAUUUCUAUCCGCAAGCGACGAAGAUACCACAGCCCAUACCGCCGCCAAGCCAGUCGUCGGUAAAUGCUCAAGUUGCUGGCAGUUUUGGCGCUCACGCUGCGGGAAAUCACUCAAAUACAAACAACAACAAUAAUAACAACAGUUUUGACAUCACGAAAAAUGCAUUGAAUUUCGCUAAAAUGGAGCACGGCAUGCGUUAUAUACAAUGUUCCUCUGCCUCCUCAUCACCCACGCAUGGCAACACGCUCGCCAGUGGCGACAGCAGCAGCCCAUCGAGGUCAUGCUCCAGCCCAACGGCCAUGGAUGCCGCUGGCGGCAUGUUGACAUCAGCCAUGUCGGCGGAUACGGAAAGCUGUGCUGAGACGCACUCCGCCACGACGGAGGACUGUGAUGAGAAUGUGGAAAUAGAUUAGAUGAUCCGUUAGUUAACGCUUCUUAGUGAAACGUUGAUGUGUGUCUAUAAUGUAAAAGUUUGUGUGGCACAGUGUUGCAAAACUAGCAAAUAAUAUGAUAAAAAAUUAACAAAAUUUGUGAUAGUGAAAGUUUUAAUUGGCUU